AUGGGGAGCGGCGGCGGGGGCGGUGGCGGUGGCGGUGAGCAGACCCAGUUACAGACCCUCGAUGAACUCCUCAGGAACGUCCUCCCUGAUGAGGGAGAUCAUCCCUUCCCUCGGAGGAGUGCCAACUCCGCCGGAGGAGCUCUCUGGAGGAAGACGGCGGAGGAAGAAUGGAAGAGCAUGCAUCGCCACCGGGGAAAGUCCGGCGACCAGAGCAGGCCGAAGCGGAGGGCCAUGGCGGGGAUGACGCUGGAAGAUUUCCUGUCCAUGGAGGGGAUCGCCGGCGAGAAGCCGGAGAAGAACCGCAGCCAACGACGGCUUGAGAGGGCUCAGGAGGAUGUGGCGGCGGCGGUGGCAGUGGCGUACUCCCAGAGCUGCACUUCGCCGGAGCCAUUGGCGAUGGAUCCUGGAGAGAUGGUGGAGAGGACGGUUGAGAGGAGGCAGAAGAGGAUGAUGAAGAACAGAGAGUCUGCCGCAAGAUCGAGGGCCAGGAAGCAGGUUGGUCUGCAUUCUCUGCUCUUACCUGCUUCGUCUCCUCUCAGUGCCCUAUCAGAGCUGCAAAUCCUGCUGUGUAGGCCUACACCAAUGAGCUGGAGAACAAGAUCUCGCGCCUGGAAGAAGAGAAUGAGAGACUGAGGAAGCAGAAGGUAAGCUCCCCCGUUCUCUUCUUCUCAUAUUCAGAAAUCAUGUGUCCGGAGGUAUUGUCUGAAGAUUUGCCGCUCCAUCCUUCAUUUGAUGCACACCUAGAAACCCCGCAAAGUCAAAGUUGAUGGUGUGUGGUGAUCCUUCUGCGCCAGAAAAAAGCUGCCCAGAGUUUGGGAAGUCAACGGGGGAGGGGCGCAAAUCCAGGAGCCCUGCAGUGCCAGAAAAUAUUCAUCUAUUAAACCCAGAACACGCAAAUCAAGAAACGAAUUAUUUUUUUUCAAGUUUUUGAGAAUGAUGGGAGAGGAUUUCUUCUGAAAAAGAUUGAUGAACAAUGCUGAUCGGCCGCAAAAUAAAAGACUCCAAUUGAGUUCAAGUGAGACUAACAGAAAGAGUAGAACUGAACAGCGUAUUAUCAGAUUUUAUUUCUUUUGCAUGACCUCAUUAUGUUCUUAUUUUUCCAUUAUUUACAUCGACCAUAAAGUUUUUCAGUUUCCCAUUUCAAAGGAAUUCUUUCCAAGAUAAUGGAUCUAACUGCAGAUGCCUCUACAGGUUGCAUACAACGUCGAAAGAGGCAGACUGUGGUUGAUGAUAUUUCUGUUGUUAAUGUUUACUUAUUAAUUUACUAGUCACUAUUCUGGCCGCUUCCGAAUAAAGAACAAAAAAUGAUUAAAGAAACCCAUUUAUCUUUAUCUCUCUCUUCUAUGCUGAGCCACUCAACUCAAAAUCAAUUGACAAUGAAUGGAAUAGUCAGAUCCUAUGUUUCUAUAUUUAUCCAUUCCCAGUUGAAGUCAACUCUAACCUAUCUUCUGGUUUGAAUAAGCAGCUUAAAUGAGGUUCUUUCUUUUUUUUUUUCCCCCUAUCAAAUCCAGAUUUUACAAUAUCGUCCACACUGUAUCAUGCAGGAGAUGGAGACCAUCUUAUACAAUAUGCCUCCACCUGAGCUAAGGAUUCAGCUUCGGAGAACAAGUUCAUCCCCACUCUGA